GUCUGACAGUCACUCAAACAUGUGUUCACACGAUGUCAACAAACCCUACGAUCAUAUCCAUCACAUCCAUCACAUCCAUGGCUCGCAAUCUACUGUCUUCCACACGAAGACUAACACUUCCAACAUAUCAUCCAUUUAUCUCUCAUAACAAACUAUCACUCAUCACAUCCAAUGGCAAUCACAACAACACUUUACUCCACAAAUGUGUGGCACUUAUAGUCUGUGUGUUUGGAUCCAAGUAUUUGAUCCACAGAUUACACAAGACUAAGAACUUUAGUGAUAAUAAUGACACCAAUAAUAAUAAAAGGCAUGUUUUAUACGAAUCUAUGAACACAUGUUUGACGGGAUUGGUGUCCACUUGUGGUCUAAGAAGUGCUGAACUCUUCAUUAAAAACAAUGACAUGAAAGAAGACAAUAACCAUUUGCUUGCGUCCAAGAGAUUCAAUUUCAUCGCAGACGUGACCGAAAGGGUGUCGUCUGCACUGGUAUUCAUCGAAGUGAUGGGUCGACACCCCUUCUACCCGGAGCUCAAUGUGUCGGUGUCGAGCGGAUCCGGAUUUAUAGUGCAUUCCUCGGGAGUAAUCAUAACGAACGCUCACGUCGUGGCCAACGCUUCCACGGUUUCCGUCAAACUAUUUGAUGGCCGGAUACUGAAGGGUCGGGUGGAGUACGUCGACCACAGACUAGAUUUGGCGACCAUUCGGCUCGAGACCAGUGAUAAGGACUUCCCGGUCAUCCGUUUGGGUGACUCGCAUAAGUCACGGACCGGCGAAUGGGUGAUAGCUAUGGGAAGUCCUUUCUCUCUGAGCAAUACAAUCACUGUUGGAGUGAUUAGUUCACUGAAACGAAAGUCACAUGAAUUGGGAUUGAAUUACAAAGAGAUUGAUUUCAUCCAAACGGAUGCGUCCAUUAAUAUCGGCAAUUCUGGCGGUCCUUUAGUCAAUCUGGACGGCGAGGCCAUCGGCAUCAACACCAUGAAAGUGACGGCCGGCAUAUCGUUCGCCAUUCCCAGCGAUUAUGCCAAAGAAUUCUUGGAGCGAGCGAAUCGGUUCCAACAAAAGACAGCCAAAGCCAGGAGUGAAGAGAUUCUGUCGAAAAGGAAUCGAUAUAUCGGUAUAACUAUGUUAUCGUUGACUCCGAAACUCAUCGAAGAAUUGCGUGAAAGAGAAGACAACUUUCCGAACGUCAAGAAUGGGGUUCUUAUAUGGAAAGUGGUGUUGGGCUCACCCGCGCACCUGGUAGGCCUACAACCCGGUGAUAUAAUUACCCGAAUUAAUGGAGUGGAGGCCACAUCUGUGGAAGACAUAUAUCGGGCCUUAGAAGAUGAACAGGUCUUAAGUAUUACUAUUCGUCGAAAAGAUGAUGACAUAAGUCUCGUCAUUAAACCACAAACUAUUGACUGAUUGCACAAUAUUUUAGUAUAAACUUACAAAUGCAACUGUGCUUUAACUAAUGAAUAGUUAAUAUAUUUUUAAUACAG